AUGCUUUAUGAUAAUAAUUUAAGAAUAUCUCUUAUUAAUAAGGUUGUCGAUUAACUCCAUAAUGCUUAAAUUGAAGCUGAAAAGGUAUAUUUAAUGAAAGAACUAUAUAGUUAACAGACUUUAAAUUUAAUUUCAAUCAAUUAAAUAAGAGAUUAAUAGAAUUUUCAUAAGAAGUUAUUGAACUUUGGAGAAAGAAUUAUUCUUAGCGUGAGUAUGUAUUAUACAAAGAGAGAUUAUAGUAAUUGAUAGGAAUGCAUAAAAAUUCAAUAUCUAAAAUAGCAGAUUAAUCAAGAUCAAGAAAUACAACUAAGAAAUUAAGCAAACCUUCUAGUGAAAAUGAAUUAAGUAGUUAAACUAAAGUUAAAAUUUAACAUGAAUAAGUAUCUACUCCUUAAUAAAUGCAAAUAUUAAAAGAGGAUGACUUUUCUGAUAUAUCAUUUGCUUCUUUGACAAAUAGUAAUUCUGAGACAAUAUAAGAAAUAAUAGAACAUUCUGAAAAAAAUGUUUAAGGUUUCUGUUAGGUUCAUAAUUGUAGAGAAUUAAAGAUUUUAAGAGAAAUUUUUAGAUAAAAAAUAGAUAUAAAUGAAUUAUAAUUAGCAUUAGAAGAGAUUACUUCAUUAAAAUCAUAAAUUAGAAUGAAAUUGUAAAAAGAAAAUUAAAAGAUUUAAGUAAUGCAUGAACGACUAAUUGAAGGAUAAAAUAAACUUUAAAGAAUGGAAGAAUAUGAAAAAGACUAAUAAUAAAUGAUAACAUUAAAAAAGAUAGCAUUAAAUUUAGAAUGA